ACGAAAUGCGCCUGAAUUACGACGUUUAGCAGGAAUGAAAGAACCUCGUCCAGAACGAGCAAUUCUCGAUUGAACGAGUGGAAAAAGAGAGACGGAAAAGAAGCAGCGAGGGAGGAGUGGAAAAUGGUCGUUUAACGGGAAGUUCGUGACAAAGGGGUCUCUUUGUUGCUAAUCUUUCGGAAUGUACACCUCCCUCCGCUUAGGAUUUUGUUAAAUCCCGCGCCGUUUUCUCUCGCGUGGCCCUGAACGUGUAUUUACGAUUUUAUCGAGGCGGAUAAACGCAGGAACAUCGCGUAAUCCCGUAAGCAACGUAGUUUUUUUCCAUACCGUGCAAUGCCACGCGACCGAUAAUUGCACGUGAAUGUUCAUUCGCUGCGAAUUCUUUCGGAUUAAAUAAAUUUUUGUCUCUUGUCCAGGUUUAAAUAGUAGCUUUACGCUCCAAUUACUGAUCGAAUUUUAAGCGUUAAGUUUAAACGCGUUUACUCUGGUACUUACGUUAUUGGUAAAAACAAAGAAAAAUAAAAAAAACUUCGUGCAAAUUUUUUCUCAUAUGAGCGUGUAUCUUAUAAGAUUCCAGAGGAUAAAAAAAAUGCAAGUAUCGUGUUACGCGAUAAUUUGAUAAUUCUAAUUUUCGAUGUGUAUUCUACGUGCCAUUCUGUAAAAGAUAAAAACGAAACAAGCUAGACAAUGACUGUCACACCGCGAUUGUAUUAUGCCGUGUUUUCCUCGUGAGCGUCUACAAGCGGAAUUUUUGAUAUUUGAAGGAGCAUGGAGAGUUUUAUGCUAAUGGAACGACACGGACGUAAUGUCCCUAGCGCAUAGUGUAAAUGCAUGCCACCGUAUUUCCCGGUAAGACAGUCAAGAAUGGUACACUAACGCCACCAGUGAGCGUGGGAGAGAGCCAGAAAGUCAAAAAGGAAAGACGCGCGUUGGCAAAAUGAAACGAAUCGGUAGCAGAGAUGAUGGCGCAUGGAAAAGCAAACCGCGUAGGAAGCUAUUAUAGAGGCAGUUGGAAGGAGAGAGAGAGGGAGAGAGAGAGAGGAGAGAGGGAGAGAGAGAGAGGACGAAAAAAGUGAAACGAUUACGAAGAAAAUGAGGCGUCGCGGGAAACGUGGGUGAAAUGAGCCGAAUGGAGAAAGAAGACAACACGAAGAGUGUCCGUGAGGAAAAAAAUGCCGGAGUAAGAAAAAUGGAGCGACCACUAACGGAGAAAGGAUAGAGAACUGUAUAAACGUAAGAGAAAGAAAGAGAGAAAAAGAGAAAGAAAAAGAAGACGCGAUGCGAUACGAUAAAAUUCAAAGAGAUAAAAUGAACUGAUGGAAUCAAGUGAAAGCUCGAUCGAACACGAACUAGUAUCGAUAUGAAUUCGUGUUCCAGAAUUUUAAAUCGAUCGUUUGAUUCGAUUUUUCGAGGUGGGAGUUAGCGGUAGAAUAGUCUCGAAGAUCGAUGCUUGGAUUCGUAUACGUACCUAUCUUCAUUCAUGAGUGACGGAAGACAAGAACAGUGAAUUUGUGAAUUUUUUAUAUUAUUUCUCUUUUAUUUGAAUUUCAUAUGUGAAACGAAUAUAUGAUGUUUCAAUAUGUGAUCAAGAAGAAAUACAACCCGAUAUAGGUUAAGAAAGUGUUCGAUUUAAUCUCGAUCUUGUAAAAUAUUUAUUCUCUAAAUAUUUUUCUUUAAAAUAACAAAUUAUUUAUAUUACACAUGGUUCUCAAAGAUUACUGAUAAUCGUUCGAAAUUCAGUCAAGAUCGAAUUCUCAUGUUUGAUAAAAUUUAACUGAUUCGAAGUCAACUGCUGCUCGCACGUGCAGAAACGAGAAUUCUAAAAGGAGAGAGCGUUAAGGAAGUCCUAGCGUGAGUGAGCGAGACAGGGAGUGAGAAAUGGUGGGGAUGUGCGCGACGUGUGGCAGGGGACGCGUGGCAACACGCUUGCCGCAGCAUCCGCGUGAAGUCAGUCGGCUGUCGGAUCUCGAGCCGUGCAGGUCGUUUAAGAGUUUUUGUAGUUUGCGUUCGAUUACUGAGACGCAUGCUACGAACCGCGUGGUUAUCACGUUAUCAAUCAAAGUUUCUGGUGUGUUUCGUUCAGUGCUAUUUGAUGUUAUUUUUCAUCGUCGUUGUGUGAACAUUCCAUUGAAUUUUUCGACAGGCAACAAACAGUGGCUGGAAUUUUUGGGGUGUACAACGUGACAGACAGGAAGAUCAUUGGAUAACCAGACUACCGACGCCACCACCACGGUGAUCCUCGUAAUCUCACCAGCCAUCGGUCGAGCAACGCCAGAUCCUCGAGCUGCAUCGUGACCCUUCCCCCCCCUUGGACGGGAGGCCAAGUUACACGCUUGCACGCCGGAUACAUCGCGAGGCAAUUAAGGAGAUGGAAAUUGGAAGGGUAUCGAGGUUGGCCGGCGUCGUUCUGGCCCUUAUCUCGAUCACGUGGUCCCGGCAUGGUUGCUGCGUCGCGGAACUUUACACCGCGUUGGCGGACAUGGAGGAGCUACUGGAGACGGAGGCGGUGCUCAUCGACACUCUGAACGGGUACAUCAAGGCGCAGGAGGAACGUCUCGCCACUCUGAGAAAAAACGUGGAGGAUUACGCGAGAGAGCACGAGGAGGCGUCGAGAAACAUUCAGCAGUACCUGUCAAAUCCGAUCAACGCUUAUCUAUUGGUGAAACGGCUGACCACGGAUUGGAAACGGGUCGAGGAGCUGAUCACCCAGGACGUGGGCAAGUCUUUCGUGGCGAAUAUAACCAGCUCAAGGAGCGACCUUAAAUUCCCAACUGACGAGGAUCUUAAUGGGGCGGCCGUCGCUUUGAUGAGGUUACAGGACACGUACAAACUCGAGACUGCACAGGUCGCCAGGGGCGUGUUGAACGGGGUCCAAUACAGCACAGGAUUAACCGCCAGCGACUGUUUCGAACUUGGGAGACAAUCUUAUCAUAAUCGUGAUUACUAUCACACCGUCCUCUGGAUGCAGGAAGCCAUGGAUCGUCUUCAAGAGGAACAAAACGCGACCACAACUUCGAAACCAGACAUAUUAGAAUAUUUGGCAUUCUCGACGUAUAUGCAAGGUAACGUGGCGCGAGCUUUAAGCAUGACGAACGAGUUACUGGAGCUGGUGCCGACGCACGAACGUGCUCUGGGCAAUAGAGCUUAUUACCAAAAAGAGAUUCAGAGCAAAGCGAGCCAAUCGAAGAAAAAACGGGGGGAGGAUGGUCAAGAUGACACCGCUGUUCCUGCACAACAUUUCACAGUUGCCGAGGAAAGAGUAAAAACUUUGGACGAAAUGACGGAGAGGGAACGUUACGAGAUGCUGUGUCGUGGCGAGGUAACGAUCCCGCCAGAAGUGCAGAAGAAUCUCAAGUGUCGUUAUGUCGAUCGUGGAAUUCCCUUCCUGAAAAUUGCCCCAUUCAAAGAGGAGGAAGCUUAUCUCGACCCGAGGAUAGUCGUUUACCACAACGUGAUAUACGACGACGAGAUCGAGACUAUUAAAAGAAUGGCGCAACCGAGGUUCAAGCGAGCUACUGUACAGAAUUACAAAACUGGUGCCUUAGAGAUAGCGAAUUAUAGGAUUAGUAAGAGUGCUUGGCUUCAAGAGCACGAGCACAAACACGUGGCAGCUGUGAGCAGACGUGUGGAACAUAUGACGAGCAUGACUGUCGAUACGGCAGAAGAAUUGCAAGUGGUUAAUUAUGGUAUUGGUGGUCAUUACGAGCCACAUUUUGAUUUUGCGAGGAAAGAGGAAACAAAUGCAUUCAAGAGUUUGGGAACUGGAAAUCGUAUUGCAACAGUUUUAUAUUAUAUGAGUGACGUAGAACAAGGUGGAGGUACUGUUUUCACAGCCAUUAACAUUGCUUUAUGGCCCAAGAAAGGUAGCGCCGCCUUCUGGUAUAAUCUCAAACCCAAUGGAGAGGGAGAUUUCAAAACUAGACACGCGGCUUGUCCUGUUCUCACCGGUUCCAAAUGGGUGGCAAACAAAUGGCUUCACGAAAGAGGUCAAGAAUUUCUGAGGCCGUGUACUCUCGAAAAUCAAACGACCGAUGAAGCUGACGUCAGGCACUGAAUCGUCAUUCUGACCCCGGAUCGUCAUUAGUGAAAAUGAACAGAAAAAGAGAAUGUUGAUAAAUCUCUAAUUUCCUUAAUCGACUGAUGUCACGCGAGAAACUUAAAGUACAUCUACGCCGUUGUAAACAGUGUGUUUAAACGUUGAACGAGAAUUAUGAGAACAUUGAAAUUAAUUCGCGAUGAUUUUUUUAUAAGUCAAACAACUUUUCUCGAUGAUAAAAAAACAUGAUUUUAAAACAAUCUUGAGGAGAAAACUGCCAAUAUUUAAUUACCUAUUUAAAAUAAUGAAAAAAAAUAUAUUUUUAUUUUUUAUCUUGUAAGAAAUAUUACAAAAAUUAUACGGCAGUUUUCUUUUUAUAAAUUCGUUCAUUGUAAUCUACGAGUAAUAUUAUCCCUAGAUCCUAGGAUUUUUACAGAAGCACGUAGGCGGUAGCGUAUGUUAGAAUAUCAAGCAAUAACAAGUUGCACAUUUGGGCCAGUUACUAGUUUUUUCCCUAAAAGAAAAUCGGAAUUCUUGUGAUUGUGUACAGAAAAAAAAUAUCGUGCACGGAAAUUAUAUGUAACAAUCCUGUGCAAAAUCCUAAACAUUUUCAUCGCAUUUAUUAACGUAACUAACGUGUAAGAAUGUAAAAUGUGGAAUCUAGUAUUCCUGUGUUCAUCAAAAUAUUCUAAUGAAAUCUUUAAUCACAUCGUUCCUUCUCCUACGACAUGUUUCACCCUUUUAAUUGGGUCUUUUUUGUAAAUAGUAGUAAUAUAAUCGAGAAACGUCGACAAUUUCUUAAAUCCAUUCGUCUUGUAUACGAAUCACUUGUAAAAAUAAGAAAAAAAUAAAAUAAAAGAAGGAAAGAAGAAAUGACAAAUGGAAAGAAAUGUAGAAUCUAUCGACGGAGAAACAUGUCUGUUUUACACCGUGAUAUUGAUCUUAGCAUUUAAGACGUUAUUUUGCGAGCUUCGAUGUCCGUCAUCGUGGAACGAACAAAAAUUUAUCGAAAUUAUUAAAGUAGAAAUCAAGUAA